AGGAACACUUCUUCACAAAACAGAUACACAACCGGUCUGAAAUUCUUGACAGCAGAUCCAAAUAACUAACUAGCGCCAUUAAAACUGGCCAAAGUACUGUGAGUACUAGAUUUCACAGUGACGCACAGCUGGUUAACUCGCUGAUCAACAUGGCGGAUUUGAGGUCGCGGCUUGCACAGCCCACUAGUCGGUUAGACGAAUGUGUAGAGACGGACGAAGUGCCGGUGGCCGAUAUGGACGUACAUGUACAAGAUAUAAGGAGGUGUUACGGUACGACUGGCCCUGAGACUGACAGUGGUCGCUUGCUAUCACAGCCUGGACAUUUUGACAGUGGCGUUGGACUCGAUUCGUUUCCCAGCUUUUGUCAGGAUUUCAAGCUGUUGUCGGUGACCGACCAUCGAGUUUCGAAUCUGACUAUUUUGCCAGAAGUAUGUUCAGACGUUUGUGAUAGUGGAUGUUCAGAAGAAAGAUUGAGCAGUGCGAAAUGUCCUAUCGUAGAAACAGAUAACAAUGCGGAGUAUCAUACUAGACCUUCAGAGGUGGCGUUUUUCGAACAGGACGAAGACGGCGAUACGCAAUUACACAUGGCGAUUAUCCAGCUGGUGGGACAGGUUGCAGAAUGCAUGAUUUUGCGUGCCACAGACCACCAACAAGUGAAUCUGAUGAAUGACCUGAGACAAACCCCACUUCAUCUCUCUGUCAUAACCAAUCAGCCUCACAUCAGUAAAAAACUCAUGCUUUCUGGAGCCUUAUUGGAACUGACAGACAACAAAGGAAAUACUGCCCUUCACAUUGCGUGUAAAGAGGGUUACAGGGACUGUGUGGAAGUACUUACUACACCUUUUUAUUCCGAAGACAUCAGGUGCCCUUACGCUCUUCCUGUGCAAAAUGUUCCACAAAAUUUGGAAAUGGCGAAUUAUGAAGGUCAGACUUGUUUACACUUGGCAGCAGACAACUACCUGAGGCCACAACAAAAGCACACCUACCUUCAGAUUGUCAAGCACCUGUUGAAUAUCGGGGCCAAUGUCAAUGCUCCAGAUGGUAAGAGUGGAAGAACAAUUCUGCACUAUACGGCUGAGUACGGGAACAUGAAGCUCAUGUUGGUUAUCCUUCAGCUGCCAGGUGUGAACCUCAAUGCCACCACCUACGCUGGUAAAACACCCCUAAUGCUGGCCAUUGGGCGGGGCUUUCAUGAUCUGGCCCAAGGAUUGGUCGAAGCAGGUGCUCAUCCUCCUCCAGAGGGCUUUUACAACUUAGAUAGUUCUGAAGAUAUGUCCGAUGAAGACUCGGGCAGUGAGUAUGAUGACAUUUGUAUUGAUGGUCAGCCCUUGUCAAGAAGCUGAGCUGGCAUCUGGAGGGGUCUUCCUAUAUCCUCUCCCCCAGGCACUGUCAGUGAUGUCCUGUCAUCUCCAGCCCCAAUCCCAACAAGGGGAGGAGUCUAGGGGAGGAGUGGUCAGUCUAGAGUCUGACUGCUCCUCACACCAGCCAGGGCAGGUUUCCAGGCUGAUGUCCAAAGAGAGGCUGGGGAUCAACUGACAAGGCGGACUGAGCAGGCAGACUGGGCUUUUCCACAGGCAGGUCCUGUAAAAGCCCAGCUGUUUUUCCAGAACACUUUACAACUAGAGCCAAAAGGCCUUAGUGCUUUGGUCAGUUCGUCUGAUGGUCAUCUACAAAUACAGAACGAAACUGUUAAUGUUAAAUCUGCUUGACCAGUUUCUGUUCACCGAAUGACCAACUCUCUACAGUGUUAUUUAAUAUUACUGUAUAUCUUUUCCAACCUUUGACUUGCACCGACAUGUUUUCUUCCAAGAUUUUCAUUUUAUUGAGGGAUGAUGGCAUUCGUUAUGUUGUAAUUUGCGACUGCUAGUAUUUAUUAGCUUGAAGCUGUAAAACUAGAUUUUGUAUGCUUAACUACUUGUUUUGGCAUAAAGAGUUCUAACCUCUUUUAAAAAAGCAAAUAGGGCUUAUUACAGGGAGUAUAUGUAGGAACACCCUAUGCAAAGUUAAACCAAUGAACUAAAAUAGAAGAGAAUAUACGUAGCUACAAGUAUGUUAUAUUGUGGUCUUAAAUCUUUCAGUUUUAACAUUUUUGAAUUUAUACAAAUUAAUUUUGAUCUUAUAGCAUCAGUUCAGUGGUGGGUUCAGCUAUAUGACGAAACUCAGUUCUGGAAUGUGGUAAAUUGGUCAUACAGAUUUUGAAGAUAGCUGUGGAAGCAAAGGGAUACUAUAGAUGUUGCCAUCAGAUCUCCGAGAAUUGGUGAAGAGUAUUUGUCAGAGUAAAGAGUAUAGCUACUUAAGCUAUGGGGAUUUUGUCAGGAAGAGAAGUUCGAUAUGAAUACCAGGCGUAGACGCUUUCUGGGAUUUAUCUAUCAGAUAACCCAAUUCACGAAAAUAUAUUGGUAUCAGGAAGAAAGUAGGGUUGGAUUACCUACGUCAGCAUGUAGGAUCGUGCCACUAAGGCGAUUAAGUUUGACAGUAGAAAGGCAGCGAAGAGCUUUGGAAAGUGAGAUUGACAUUUUCUGCUUAGCCAGUGCGAAAUUUAUAGCCAGUGAAAUAAAUAUGUGUAUAUGAAUUAGAGCUUAGUAGUAGAUGUGCGAGUGAACUGAAAGCCGCCAGUUCGGUUAGAAUGUUGUGUUAAUGUCGACACCUGCAUUAUGAUGAUCUGUAAUGUAUGUUUGAGUUUGUAAUUGUGGACAAACGUUUGUGAUCAAGUUAUAUCGGGCAGCUAUGUACAUAUAAUUAUCAUUGUGAGAAAUACACAAGUGUUUAGAUUCAGAGUUAUGUUCCCUUCAUUUAUUUUGAAUGUGGUGUUUCCUUCAAGGCCACGUGCCGCUGUUAGCAAAAGGUUAUGUAUAAUUUAUUCUGUACUUCAAGUGUCAGUAUUAGAAUUAGAGGUUAGAAUUCAGAUGAAAAAAAUAAAACUUUUCAUAAACCAAGAA